AUGGAACAGGAUCCAUAUGUGGUGCUUGGUUCAACGGUUUCUGAUGUUAGUGAUCUGAAGAAAGAUAUUGUUAAUCUUGGGCGUGUUUUAAGUGCUUGUGAUUUCCAAAACGUUUGUGGUGACGUAGAUGGUAUCAAAGAAAUGAUAAAGGAUGGGACGACUUCGUGUAGCACAAUUUUUUCCGAUCUCAAAAGCAUCAAAAGCCGUCUAUCUGAUACCUCUAGUGCCUUUUCAUCGUACAGUGAACAGUUGAGGACCAUAUUUUCAGAUUUUGAAAAAUUCUCAGAACUUUCCAAAGUAACAUUAGCUGAAAACUCAUGCCUAAGUUCUGUGAAAACAGAUCAAGAUUUCUGUCAUCUGUUAAGCAAACUGGCUAGGGGUUUACAAAAUGGAUUGUUCGCUCAUAUACGGGAAUUGAGUACAUUUUCUUUAGGCGAUAGCCUGAAUAAAUUUAUUGACCAAUAUAAUGAGCUGAAUAUAAAGUAUAACGAACUGUUAGCAAUGUCAUCUCAAAUACCUGUAAAGCAGUCAAGUCCUACUGUGCUUCUCGAUCAAACUGCUGUUUUUGAGAUGCUUGAAAGAGAGAUGAGCAAUUCCGCCAAAGAAGUUGAACAUGUUCGUUCCAGUUUUGAAUCUCGUCUAAAAUCGAUCACUGCUGACUGGGAAUGUGAACGGUCGAAGUUGAUGACGGAUUUGCACAAAAGUGAAGUGAGAAUUGAAGAACUGCAACAAUCAAUCGAAGCUAAAGAGACUGCCUUUUCCAAAUUUAAAGGUGAUUUAGAUGAGUUAGCACAACAAUUCUGUUCAAAAGAAAAUGUUCCAGUAGGUCCGAAUCUAUCUUUAGAUCAAUUGAGAUCAUUUCUGAAUAGACUUGAGAAGAAAUGUCCAUGGAUUUGGGAUUUAUUUUAUGAUAAUUCCGAUGAAAUACCACAAUCCAUAUUACCCAAUCCUAUUGAACAGGUAAGGAGUUUUGGAUCAAAAUUAGUCGAUCAGUGUUGCAUUGAUCAUCAUCACUAA